AUGUAUGCUAAAGAGGAAAAACCUGUAUCAGAUUGUCAUCACAGUGUUAUUUCUGGUUAUAAUGGAACUAUUUUCGCUUAUGGACAGACCGGAAGCGGGAAAACAUUUACGGUUACAGGUGGACCUGAACGAUUCGCCGAUAGGGGUAUUAUACCACGAUGUCUUUCAUAUAUCUUUCAAGAAUUUGGAAAACAAACUGAUCAAUCACACACUGUUCAUGUUUCUUAUUUGGAAAUUUAUAACGAAAAUGGUUACGAUUUAUUAGACCCAAAACAUGAAGCAUCAAGACUAGAAGAUCUUCCAAAAGUUCUCUUAAUGGAAGACGAAGAUCAAAAUAUGCAUUUGAAAAAUUUAUCAAUUCAUCCAGCACAAAAUGAAGAAGAAGCAUUAAAUUUAUUGUUCUUAGGUGAUACAAAUCGAAUGAUUGCGGAGACACCAAUGAAUCAAGCAUCAACACGUUCUCAUUGUAUAUUUACAAUUCAUGUAACAAGUAAAGAAAUUGGUUCAGCCUCAAUUCGAAAAGCAAAAUUACAUCUCGUCGAUCUUGCUGGUUCUGAACGAGUAUCAAAGUCUAAUCCGAAUGGAUUAUUAUUAACAGAAGCUAAAUAUAUCAAUUUAUCUUUACAUUAUCUUGAACAGGUAAUUGUUGCAUUGUCUGAAAAAAAUCGUCAACAUAUUCCAUACAGAAAUUCAAUGAUGACAUCAGUGUUGAGGGAUAGUCUGGGUGGAAAUUGUAUGACAACGAUGAUCGCCAAUUGUUCGGUUGAUAAACGAAAUAUCGAGGAAACAAUUUCAACAUGUCGUUUUUCACAACGUGUUGCAUUAAUCAAAAAUGAUGCUAUACUUAAUGAAGAAUUAGAUCCACGAGUAUUAAUUCAACAAUUACGUGCUGAAAAUAUGCAACUUAAAAAUCAGAUUACAAUGCAUACCGGAGAGCAAAGCAACGAACCUUUAACAUCGGAUAUAAUUGAGAAAUUAUUUGAACAAGUUAAAAUAUAUCUUGCUGAUCAUGAUCCUGAGGCAACAUUGAACGUAGGCGCUGAUAUGAGAAGAAUUGAUCAAUGUUUUCGUGCAUUCAAAAAGUUAUACGGUGAAGCUCAACAACAACAGAUGAAAAUGACAAAGAUGGCAGAACCAAUUUAUAUUACACACGAUAUUUCACCCUAUGACAGCAAAGAAGUUAAAGAUUUAAAAGAAAUAAUUAAACUGAGAGACAAUGAAAUUAAUAUCCUUUUCUUGUUUGAAUUCUUUUUUCUUGUUAUAUACAUAGAUUAUUUCUGUUUUCUUAACUAUAAUAUACGUAUUUUGGUGAAUAUGCUUAAAAAAUCGAAAAAAAGUUCAAAUGGAACAAAUGUUCGUGAUUCUGUCAAUGAUAGUAUGGUUGUUGGUCAUGAAAAUUCAUUUAUUGAUGAAAAAGGAAAAGGUCGUGCUUGGAAUAAUUUAAAAAACAUGUCAGUUGGACGUCAAGAAGCAUUUGAACAUUUUCGUCGUGAAUAUCCAUUAAAUCAACAAUUAGAAGAUCAUAAAAGAAUUUUGAAACAACGUUAUACUGAAGCAAAAACUCUUGGAGAAGAUAUUAAUCAGUGUCGUAAUCGAAUAAAUCAUUUGAAAGGAAAAUAUGAACAAUUACAUUUACGUUUAACUGCCGAAUCUCCAAAUGACGUUGAGAAAAAUCGUGACCUAAAUGAAUUGAGAAUAACAAUGGAAAAAGAGCAAGUCAGAUAUCGUGAAUGUUUUAAUCGUUUAAAAAGUAUGAAACAAGAAAUUGAACAUAUUCAACAUGUCAUUGAAAAAGAUCGUUUGAAAAUGCUAAAAGAUUUUGAUGGUUGGUGGGAACAAGAAUCGGAAAAUGCUGAAAAACAACGAGAAUUGCUUGAUAUGGAACCAACAAAACAAGUGUCACUCAAUACGCAAACAUCCUCAACUUCGAAAAAUGUGGUUCAUCAUAGUAAUUCAAAUUCAGCGAUGACGUACGAUGUUGAUUCUCGACAAUCAACACCACAAGGUCGGCAACAACGAUCAACAUCGUUUCAAUCCGACUAUUCUAAUCGUUUAAAUAGUGCUCAGGAAAAACGUUAUAAUUUGCCAUUAACCGGUGAUAAGCAAACAGAUGAGGAUAUCAUGGCGUUUGCCAAUGCAAGACAAAAAAUAUUAACACAAGUUAAAGUUGGUAAUCCCAAUGAUAUCAGUAACAAUUCAGAAACUAUUUAUAAUCGUUUUAAUCGCUCUCAUACUCAUAUUCCAUCGAUCGAUGAUGAAAUAAUACCAUUAAAUGAUCAGCAUCUUCAAUCCGAUACUCAUACUCGACGCUUUCAUAAUACAUUUCAAGCUCAAAUAUAUAAUUUUCUCGAACGUCCAUGUGGUAUUAUAUGUUUUCUCUAUCAUUUUUCUGUGUUUGUUAUUGUUAUUGCUUGUCUAGUCUAUAGUUCAAUAUUAACUGUGCAUGUUCAAGAAAGUAAUGAAAUUUUAUUUUGGAUUGAACUUGUUUUGUUCAACUUAUUUUUAUCCGAAUAUAUUAUUCGAAUAUGGUCAGCUGGUUGUCGUUCGAAAUAUCGUGGUAGAAAAGGACGUCUACUAUUUAUGAGAAAAGCAAUGUGUAUGGUAGAUUUAUUUGUUAUUAUUGGUUAUGCUAUAUUGUUGUGUAUAGGAAUGUUUAAAGCAGAAUUUAGUUCACAAUUAUUACGUUAUGUGAGAAUAUUACAAAUAUUGAGAUUUUUACAUGUUGAUAGACGUUUGACAUCAUGGAGAUUAUUAGGAUCGGUUGUCUAUGAUCAUCGUUAUGAACUAGUAGCCACAUUAUAUUUCUGUUUCAUAUUUCUAAUUGUGGUCGCAUAUUUAAUAUGGCUAGUGGAGAAAGAUGAAACGAAAGAUGCCGCUGAUGAUGUGUUUCAUAGUUUUGCGGAUACUCUUUGGUGGGCUAUUAUUACCAUGGCAACCAUCGGAUAUGGUGAUAAAUGUCCCCGAACACAUAUUGGAAAAAUGAUAACAUCUUGUUUAUGUAUAUGCGGUGUAGCAUUCUGGACUUUACCAUCAGGUAUAAUUGGAUCCGGUUUUGCGUUGAAAGUUGAACAAAAAAAGCGUGAAAAACAAUUUAAUCGACUUGUACCAGCUGCUGCUGGUCUUAUACAAAAUUGGUGGCGCAUGGUUGCCUCUCGACAUCCAAUUUUAACAGCAACAUGGUGUAUUUAUAGUGUAGAAACAAAACGCUUUAAUCGAAAUCGUCAUAUUGAAUCAAAUAUGGUUAUCAAUUUAUCGAGAACAAUGGGUGCUUCAUCAAAUAUUAAUAAUAAUAUUAAAAAACUCGGUUCAUGGAGAAAAGUUGAAAACCAGGAUGAUUUAGAACCAUCACAACGAACAGCUAUUCGCAUUUUACGUAUAAUUAAAUUUCAUGCUGCUAAACGAAAAUUUCAACAAGCUCAUAAGCCGUAUGAUUUCAAAGAUAUUAUGGAUGAAAAUGCGCAGGGUAAUUUGAAAGUGAUGUAUACUCUAGCUGAAAUUCAACGACGUCUUGAUCAAACAUUGGGUUUACCAAAAUCAUAUCCACUUGCUUUGACGGAUAAAGAACGUGAACAAUUGACAUUAAAUGCAAAAGUACAACGAUUAGAAACAAAAUUGGCUACACUAGAAAAACAAACAUCGCGAGUUAUUUCACUAUUAGAAGAUUUACAUCGUGACACAACAAAUAUCAACUGUCAAUCGAUACAGCGAGAAGCAACAAUAUCAGAGAUGACUGAUACAUCGUAA